AUGAAAUCUGGAAUACCGUUACAGUGCAGACUUUGUACGCAUCAAUUCACUUGUGCAGCCGAUAUUGAGAAGCAUCAAAUAACUGAACAUCCAACUGAUGUUACAAAGUUGAAGUGCCCGGUGUGCCCACGCUAUUACGUCACUGAUCUUUUCUACCGAGAGCAUCUGUUAUCUCAUCUGGGCGAAAUACAGUCCAUGACGAGCUUACUGGAGAAAGGCAUCUUCUUGGCUCCUGCGUGUUCAUCAGAUACAUGCCCAAGGAUGGGGCCUUUGCUCCAAAGAGUUGCUGGCGGCAUUUUAUCAUUUGAUAUGCCAUCAUACGGUUCUUGCCAACGAUGCGCAAAGGGAACAUCGAAAGCAGCGAUAGAUGAGAAAAACGACCUGCUCCUUUCACUGACUGAAAAAUUCUCAAGAGAAGGGCGACUUUAUCAUUUGCGUGUUUGUUUACAAAAGGAUAUGGAUUUACCGGAUUUGGAAAAGAGUUUCGAUCUAGCUGAUUUUAGCGUUAUUUCUGAUGAUGAGGAUUUGUCUGCUGACGAAUCAUUGGACAUAGAAAAGGACGAACCGGAGACUAAAAAGCUGAAACUCAAAAAUGGUGACAAGAAGCUUACCGAAGGCCUAUGUUACUAUUGCAGGCAGGCCAAGCAGUUAUCAUUUGAUAUGCCAUCAUACGGUUCUUGCCAACGGUGCGCAAAAGGAACAUCGAAAGCAGCGAUAGAUGAGAAAAACGACCUGCUCCUUUCACUGACUGAAAAAUUCUCAAGAGAAGGGCGACUUUAUGUGAAUAAAAAUAGUGUUCUAGAUACAAGUAUCGGUGCAAUUAUCGAUGACAGUGUUUACAUGUGCGUCAAAUGCAACGGACUUCAUUUUGGCAAAGAACAUAUUCUGAAGCAUUUGCGUGUUUGUUUGCAGAAGGAUAUGGAUUUACCGGAUUUGGAUAAGAGUUUCGAUUUAACUGAUUCUAGCGUUGUCAUCUGUCUUUCACAGCCAAACUGUUCACCAGCUGAUCGAAUCUACUGCCCAAAAUGUACAGAAAGUUGCUGCUCAAUAAGUAGCCUUCGACGACAUUUUGUGCUCCGUCAUGGCAUUUUUGCUUAUUACAGUGCCCCAGGUGCGUAA